CCACAACCACUUCGCCGCCGGUUGCCGCCGCCGCCCCCUUCCUCCAUGGCGCACCUCCUCCUAUCCCCCGCCGCCGCCGAUGCCGCCUGGGAGGCCGCGCUAGACGUCGACGACUCCGACAUCCGCCCCGACGCUCCGUUCCUAUCGCCGCCCACCCCGCACUCCCGCGCCACCGCACCCUCCCGCGGGGACAGGCCCGCGCACCCCUCCCGCCGCCGCGGCGCCCCCGAGCCCGCCUCCGCCGUCCAGGACGCGGCGCGGCGCCGCGGCGCCGAUGGCGGCUCGCCUCUCGCUCUCGGGCGCGCGGGCGCGCGGGGCCCGGUCGCCGACGACUUCCUGCUGCCCCCCUGGCUCUGCGCCCUCCAGUUCCUCGUGAAGGACCGCGCGUGGGAGCAGCCGGGGAUCGAGGAGAUCAGGCGUGAUGAGGAAUUGCGUCGAGCACCUCUGGUGGCCGGGGUGGUGACAUCCUGCAAGCCAAAUGGUCUGGGCGAUCUCCUGAUUACGCUUAAGGACCCUACGGACACAAUUUCCGCUGCAGUACACAAGAAAGUUCUUUUGGAGGGUAAUUAUGGUCAGGAUAUUUCUAUCGGCUGUGUCAUUCUUCUGAGUAAGGUACCUGUUUUCCGUCCAACUCCCAAGGCAUGCUACCUGAACAUUACCAAAGUGGUUAAGAUUUUCAGAAAGGAUUGUGAUGCCCCAUCUAAGCGACUGAUUUCAUCAAAUACUACUGAAAGAAGUGAGGAUUCUACCACCAAUAUAAUGACAAGACUUUUAGGUCAUGAAAGGAUGAUGGCCAGUAACAAUGAGAUGACAGUUAUGGAGGUUUCUCUUCAACACCAGGGAACAUCGGAUUCAAAUAAUAGCAAUUCAGCACUGGAUAUUUAUGCUAGAUGUAGUAUAGGAAAUAACCAGGAAGGUGGACUACAAAUGUUGGCUGGAGGUCCACGCAGAAAGACAUGUUCUCAGCCUAGUCUUUGCGGAAGUACAGUCAUGUUUGGAGACAGAUAUUCUACUCAGGCUAGUGAUAAUGAAAAUAUUAGGCUACCUUUCGAUAAUGAAAAGAUGCUCCAUAUUAGUAAAAAGCUGAAGAGUGAUGCAAUGCUUCCUGAUGGCAAUGGUGAAACUGCAAGCUCGAGAAUAGAUACUGAGAACAAUCAGGUUUUAAAGAGAAAUAUGAACACUGAGUUAGAUGGUAUGUCAGAACAGUUUAAUGGUCAGCAUGCCUCCAUCAAGGAGCCUAUUGAGCAUCAGCAAAGGAACUUCACUGCUGUGAAUGCAGGUUGUGUUCAGCCAACUCAAGAAUAUGCUCCUUCCAUCAGUGGUUCACUUAUCAACCCCAAAAAGGCAAUGCCAGUUGCUUCAUUAGCAGAAUGGACAGAUGACCAAAUUUCUGAACUAUUUGCUGACUACUAAUAUUGUAGUGUGUAUCUGAUCAGCAGGUUGAUAGAUUUUGGUAGUCAAUUUUUUGCUGUUAUAUUAAUUAUACGAGCUUGUAAUAAUUUUCCUAUUUCUGUACACUAGCUCUUAGCAUCUAGAUUUGUAUAUUUAUGCAGUCCAGUUCACUUUUUUGAAAUAUUUGUGCAAUGCCAUCUCAAGUUGUACAUAAAUCUUACUAGUGAAGGGAACAAAAGGCUUCUCGUAUCCAUUUUCCCUUGUGGAGACAGAAAGAGAAUCCAUAAGAUAAGUUGCAUUUUUCUAAGCAUUUUCAGAUUUU